AGGGUGAGUAAUUAAUGACAUUAUUUUCGUUUUUGGGUGAACUAACCCUUUAAAAGACUGUAUCUUAGUCUUUCAUGGAUUUUAGCUUUAUUUUGCGCCGGUAGAUGUCGCUGUUUUAUCACAAUAUCUAGAGUUGGAUUAUACUGCACGAGCUCUCCGGUCAAAAUAAAUGGUUAUGCUAUUCUGUAUACUCAGGGGAAAAAAGUUUAAGAGAUGGAAUCAUAUUUCAUAUUAAAAUGCCUUUUAAAUCCAGCAGUAAUUUAACCCUAGAAAAUAACUAUAUUAAACGACAUUAAAGUCUAUUUUGAUUCAACACAUCUGCUUCACCUUAGACAUCUCUUGGUUAGAGACUAUACGGGAAAACGUCAAAUAAAAUAAAAAAAAUAAUAAUAAAUAAAUAAUCAGCAAUUAAAAAACGAAAUAGGGUGUCACUGUUGCUAAUGACAUCAGUGGAAAUGAAGGCAGUCCCACGAGCGCACUGACGCUGCGCACAUCGCAAGCAGGUGAGAGAUUGACGUCAGGUCGGAUGAAAUACGGUCGUAGAAUAAACCUGCUCCUCUGCUCUACGGGAAUACAUCUCAGUUUGAAGAUUGUUCGGAGAAAGUCAGCAAAAAUCCAGGAUGGUAAUAAAAUGAUGGUUGGACGGAGAGAGCAGCCUGAUGAAGAGAUCGUCCUGCUUCAACGCCAGACGGUGAAAUAACAUAAACUUCCUCACAACAACUGGAAAUGGCGAGCGAUCGGGUGGCCAUCCUUACAGAUGAUGAGGAGGACCAGAAGAGGAAAUAUGUCCUGUCUGAACCAUUUAACACGCUGUCCCUGGGGCAGGUGGCAAACACUACACCAUCCAGUCAAAUGGCACCGCCUGCCCCCUCGGAAACACUUCAGCCCUCGCAGAGCAUGGACUGCACGGAGAGGUGCUGUGUGCGAAUAGACAAUCAUCUCUUGAUUUCCAAGGUCUUCUACUUCUUCUUUUACUCUGCAUAUGGCUCUUUACACCCCCUCCUUGCAGUGUACUACAAGCAGCUGGGAAUGACACCCAGCCAAAGUGGCCUGCUAGUUGGGAUCCGUUAUUUUAUAGAGUUCUGCAGUGCACCGUUCUGGGGAGUAGUGGCGGACCGCUUCAAGAAAGGGAAGGCAGUGUUGCUGUUUUCUGUAUUCUGCUGGGUGGUCUUUAACUGCGGUAUUGGCUUUGUUAAGCCAGCAGCUAUGAGCUGUGUCAGUAAGGACUCUGUUGCAGUGCCAACCAAUUUAACAAAUGAUACACAAUAUUUUAACCAUACUAGACACCGAAGAUACUUGAUUGAGGAUACAUACUCCGCUCCUCCACUUUCUCAGCCAACAUUAGCAGCAUUCGGAUCUCACUCUAGAUACAUUCGAAGUGCAGAUGUAAAUACCACAAGCACUCCCUCUGAAAACUCUUCUACGAAGACUGUCGGGAUUAGUAUUGUAUCUAACUCGACCACGGUGCCGCCCGGUACCUCAACAGUUACUUCAAAAUCUACCUCGACAACUGAAACACAAUCUACCACUGCCAAACUCGAAGAGUAUAGCAUAGUCUUCAAUAAGGAACAAGUAGAUACUAUAUUUCUCCUGAUCCUGUUGGUCAUUAUUAUUGGCGAGUUCUUCAGCGCCCCGGCUGUGACCAUUGUGGACACUGUCACUCUUCAGUACUUGGGCCAACACAGAGACCGUUAUGGACUUCAGAGGAUGUGGGGAUCUCUGGGAUGGGGUAUCGCUAUGCUGUCAGUGGGCAUUUGGAUCGACCACACGCACAUCACCAUCAUCAUCCAGGGCUCUGGUUGUGUCCUACCUGACUAUAAGAACUACCAAAUUGCGUUUAUAGUUUUUGGGGUGCUGAUGACCUCAGCGCUGAUUGUGGCUACGCAAUUCCACUUUGACAACAGGGUUUAUCGGUCCGGUGAGGAAGAAGACAAGAAGGAGGAUGUGGAAAUACCUCAAGUCGUUCAGGAGGUCUCGUCUCCAGAGUCCAGUUCAGAUGACGCACCCGUGUGCCCUGAAAGCAACCCACAACCUUUUCCCUUCAAAGAUCUGUUCCGGAUCAUUUGUGGCGUCCGCUAUGGUACGGUUCUCUUUGUGGCCUGGUUCAUGGGCUUUGGUUAUGGUUUCGUGUUCACCUUCCUCUACUGGCAUCUGGAAGACCUGAAGGGCACCACCACACUCUUCGGCAUCUGCUCGGUGCUCAGCCACGUAUCUGAGCUGGCCGCCUAUUUCACCAGCCACAAACUCAUUGAGCUUGUUGGACACAUCAGAGUCCUCUAUAUCGGACUGGCCUGCAACACUGCACGUUAUCUGUACAUCUCCUACCUGGAGAACGCAUGGAUAGUUUUACCCAUGGAGGUGCUUCAAGGUUUGACACAUGCAUCAGUGUGGGCGGCAUGCAUCUCGUAUUUGAGCGCUGCUGUCCCUCCAGCCCUGCGCACCUCGGCUCAGGGGAUCCUGCAGGGUCUGCACCUGGGGCUAGGGAGAGGCUGUGGAGCCAUGCUAGGAGGAGUUUUUGUCAACUUUUUCGGUGCUGCAGAAACCUUCAGAGGCCUCGGAAUGGCCUCUCUGGUCACAUUACUCAUCUUCGCUCUGAUACAGUGGCUGUUCGGUCAGAACGAGGAUAAAAAGGACUCGAUGUUGGCAGAGAACAUCCCAGUACCCUCCAGCCCAGUGCCUAUCGCCACUAUUGACUUGGUGCAGAACCAAUCUGCGCCUCAGCCAAAUCCUGAAUCAAAAACGCCUCUUAGGAAAACCAGGCAUCAGGAAGAGCAGGAAGAUACCAAUAAGCCGGCAUGGGUGGUGUCUGCUUCCCCCUGGGUCACCAUUGCUUUCGCCCUCUAUCAGAUCAGAGAUAUGGUGGCUUUGACAAAGAACAACCAAUGUGGUGAAAGUCAAGCCUCACAGCAGGAGACAAGUGAGCAGACCUCAACAACGCCACCUGCUGAGGAAUCCACAUCAUCGCAACCAAAUACAUCAAGUCCAGUAGAAUAUCCCUCUCAAGGACCUUCUACCAGUGCAUUUGUUCAUCAAAACACACAUCCUGUCCGUCCUGUGGAAGAACCGCCUCAGUCCACAGUGAGAAAAGAACCAGUAGAAAACUCAACUCCGUUGCCAGGACACUCCCAACAGCCGCCCCCAAUAGCACAACCAAAAUCAAUGAACUGAAAUUGUUUGGGAUAUAGCCUUAUGAUUUAAAGGCAUACAGUGAUAUGGGGUGUAAAAGGUGACAGUUGUCUUUGGACCAAAAAUGUUAUGUUGACCAACAGGUAUUCUAGAUUAGCAAGGGGUUUGUUUGCUAAGGCAAUAGAAUCGAUAUGCUUUGCACUGCCACAGUUGAUGUCUUGCCUUAACCGCAAAUGGCCUGCAAGUCUAUGAAGGUCGAUGCCUAUAAUGAGAUCUGCACAUUACUGAGUGUUUAAUGGUUAUAAUCCAGCAGCUGAGAUGCUUCAGCAUAAUAUUCAUGGGACUUGAUGUUGCAAUAGUGAAGCAUAGUUGCUUUGCACUCUGUAUAAAAUGUCUUUUGCUAAUUGUGCUUCCAUAUAACUUGUGACCAAAUUAAAAAAAAUAAACAUCUACUCUGUAUAAAAGA